GGACGCACCCAUUGACACCGUAGUCUGUGCCCAAAGAGUAGAUAUCACAUUAACAAGCAUGAAUCUGUACGAUAUAGACUGACAGCCCAAGCCGCUUUAGUGAAGCUGAAGUUCCCUCGAAUCAGGUUCACCGGGCGGAGAGACUAAAGUUACUAAUGUUAUCGCUCCAUAUCUCCAUAUCUCCAUAUCUCACCAGCCAUCGUUUAAUCUUCAAGUUCCAGAUAAUCAGGAUUAUGUCCUUUUUAGUGUGCUUGGUUUUAUUUAUCGGCACCUGGGCAAACUCUAAUAAUGGGUACACCUCCCAAACUGGGAGGCAACGCCUGACCUCGAGGCAGUCAGUAAAACGCUUUACAGUGACGGACGGAGGCCCCGGAUCCGUACAUAGCUUUUUGUCUCGGAGACGGAGUGAUGUUGCCUCACGACGUGCUGCAACAAUUUGUUUCGUUACGUGGAAUUCGUUACCUUUGCUUUCUUCUCAAGUUGCUGCGCACGCGGGCUCCGACAGAUUCAUAGUGGUUCGUUGCGGUUGAAUAAGACUGUUUCUAGGCUGCUAUUCUGGUGAUCCUCCGUCGCCUGAUGUCCUGUUCUUCGGGAGGUGCGGGUAGAAUUCAUCUUGUUCGGCGAAAUGCGAAGUCUUGUGGUUAGUGUCCUCUGUGUGGCGUUAUACUACUGUCCCAAUAUUAUCUGCCGCGGCCGUUACUCCCCCUUCACUGU